CGCACGUUCGGGCUCAGCGAGACAUUCAUCAGCCAUUUUGAGUUUUUGUUGAGUAUUACUGAGAUUUGAAAGGAAAUUAAGAAAAGAGAAUGGAUUGGAGUUAUCGAAAAACUGUUUUCUUGUGUCUAACCUUCGUAACGGUUGGAAAUGCACUUGUGGAAAAUCUGAACGAUGAUUUAGACUAUGACCCACAAGUGGCCAUUAAGUGUGGCAAAGUGACCAGGCACAUUGAUGUCAACACUGGAAGCUGGGAAGCAGACAAAAACAGCACUAGUCUUUGUGCCGUAACUAUGAAAGAAAUUCUCAAGUACUGCAAGGUCAUCUACCCUUCACAAGAUGUGAGAAAUGUUGUUGAGGGUAACAAGCAGGUGUUAGUGGAUGGCAGCCUUGUCACUCCAUACCGCUGUCUUGUUGGCCCUUUUGAGUCAGAUGCCUUACUGGUGCCCCCAAAAUGCCGUUUCGAGCAUAUGCAUGAUGACAGCAAUUGCCUCUCUCAUGACCAGUGGCACACUCGAGCUUCAGACAAAUGCCAGAGUGAAGGCAUGAUUGUUAAGGAUUAUGGUGUCCUUAUUCCAUGUGGUACUGGAAAGUUCACUGGCGUAGAGUUUGUAUGUUGUCCUCAAGAUGCCAGUGACGAGAAAGCAACUGAUGCUGCUAAGAUUGUGCCAAUUUCUGAGGCAGCUGGCACAUCAAAGCCAACCAGUGUUAUGGAACACUUGAAACAAGAGAUCAGCAAGUUUGCGAAGCAUGUCGAAGAAAGUACAAUUGGUUGUGAUCGACAGAAGUAUCAUGAGCGACGUGACAAACUGGAAGAGACCCACAAGACAAGGGUCCAGUCAUUGAUUGAUAACUGGAGAAUGUCUGAGAAACGAUACAAGUUGUUGAAAUCAACCGAUGAAGACCAAGCAGCUGGUUCAAUUUCAUCGGACCUUGAGACCUUCAACAAGAUGGUGAGCUCCUUUGAAGAUCAGGUUAAACUGGAGCGUGCCAGACUGAAGGAAGAGCAUCACCAGUGUACACAGAUUGACCUUAAUGACAAAAAGAACAAAGCAAUGGCUGACUUUGUUGCUGCCCUGCAGGAAGAACCUCAGGAUGCCAACAAGAUUCUGGAAGCUGUGCAGCGCUAUGUGAGAUUCUGCACUCAGGAUCGUCUGCACAAUUUGCGUUACUUCGACUAUGUGCAGAAGCACCAUCCUGGGAAAGCUGAGGAAGCUCGAGAAUCACUGCAAAAUCACUUGAAACGCAUCAAUAAUCUUGUGAAUGAGUCUAUGGUACUGCUGUACAAGCUGCCAGACAUUGCACGCAAGUUUCAGUUGGAAUUGCCAGACUGGAUCCCAAAACCACCUGCCCUGCCCACUACAGAAGCACCAACAGUAGAGAAGAGCUCAGCAGCCAAAGAUCCCACAGACCCACCAAGCCAUGUUGGAAGUCAACCUGCAGCUACUAACGUGGGUGCCAUGGGUAAACCUGAGCAUGGAGAUGAUGAUGAUGAAGAUGUGGUCGAGGUUGAGGAACCUUACAAGAAGAAGGGUAAAACUGCAGCUUCCAAGAAGGAUGAUGAUAUUGAUGAUGAUGACGAAGACGUUGCCGAGGAUGAGGAAGGACCCUUCAGAAGGAACCAUUCACGAGCCACCUUCUCUGCUGUCAUUGGCCUCAGCUGCGGUGCCUUGGUCAUUAUGAUCAUCAUCGUGGUUGCUAUGGCCAUGCGCCGAACGCGACCUAGCAACAACACCAAGACAGUUCUCGUCGACGAGGACGCAGAAGGUGCUUCCGAGAAGAGCCAUCUCGUCAACAUGCAAGAAAACGGUUACGAGAAUCCAACUUACAGGUUUUACGAUUACUAAGUAGCGUGCUAACUGAUUUGUAUCAUUUUUUUUAGAAACUCUUCUUUUCUGGGUGGAAGCCUGUAUUAUAGACUACUUUCAAUAUUGUCGACCGGUAGAGGCGCUUGUCAGACUCUGAACGUGUUUCUAUAGGAUGUAUUUGUCACUUGAUAAACGAAGUCUUUCAGAGCACAGCAAUGUACUUAACGCAAGUAGAAUAGAAGUUUGAAGAGCCAAUCUUUUUAUAAUCGUACUAGUAUCAAGAGAGGGUUUAUUCUUCAUAGAGCAAUUUCAGAUUAGCGGUCGCCGCAGAGAUCAACACCAAACUUGUGUAACUUUCUAGGUUACACUCAUUUGCACUAGGCGUCGCAAUCAUUCUUAAACAUUUCCACGUGUGCGGAACAUGAAAAACUCAUCUUCUUUCUUUGAUGAUCUUAGCCCUUUUUUUAUCUUUACCUCGUUAGUCUGAACAUGAAAGGAAAUUUAAAAUCGGACACUACAUUUUUACCCUGUAAACCCUCUCAGUUUGAAGCCUUGUUGUAGAUUUUAUAGCGUAAACCAAGGAAUCGAAUCCUAAUUUAGACAGGAACAGUAUUUAAAUCACUUGUAAACUGAACAGUAUUUAUUGGGAAGAGAACUGUAAGUUAGUUUGCACUUGAUUACAGUCAACUUUGUCGUUUGGGGGCUCGAACUUCGAUCUCGGUCGGGAAAUUGAUCGGAACGAAUCAUGCUGGUGAAUCGCUGGAAAUUGAUCUGCACUCUGAAUGCGGUCGAAUCGCGGGAAAGCCGCGUGAAGUGUGUGUUGAGCGAGAAAACUACAUCAUGUCGAAUUCGUUUGUUGGUCCCUCAAAGAUUGAGUUGACAUAAAAGUUCAGCUAAUUAUGCAACGCCUAGACGAGAAUAAAGGCGUUGGUUUGUUGAGGAAGCAACAACUUUAGGAAGACCAGUAUCGACAGCAAAAAAAGCUUUUACCUCAGUUGGCUUGUGAUGUCUUAAAAGACAAAACGUAAUUUACUUUUAAAUAACUUAAAUAUAACCCUGUUACAUUUUUUGUUUCCACCAUUUCAAUUUAAUGAUCAUUGAUUUCGUUUUGGAUGAGGUUACUAAUGAGACCACUUAAGUUGAUGUGAACUUAGACUCCCUAGAUCUGAUUGAUACUUCUCCCCUCUAGCUGCGACACAUUUCCUUGUAAUUUUGUCUCUAGAAUAUGGUGGUUGAUCAAGAUAACUUUUACUCAAAGUCUGAGUAUUCUCAUUACCUGUUUGGUAUGGAUAACACAGGGAGAAGUUACAUCUUGAUCACUUGUGGAAGUUCAAGAGUUCAACGUGUUCCUAAGGAGACCUAGUGAAUGCGAUCUCCCCGAGAAGAUCUCCUUUUCUUAAAGCUCAGAGCAUUAUAGGAAUUAAAACAUGACGUCGGAUUGCUGUCACAAAAGUAAGCCUUGGGGUUGCAAAGGAAGCUACAACAAAAUUGCUUGGUUGAAACUAUUCUGUCUCUAUGGUGGAUUCAAUCUUGGUUGGACCUCCACCCCCAAUCGCUCGUAUAACGUUUAAGAAUACCUAAAUAUUUAAAAAACUUGUAUUAGAUUAAAGCGUGUCAGGACCUUGAUAGUUUAAAUGUAAAGCACUGGGAUUUGGCUAAUAAAUAGUACAAUUUUUAGUACC